CUUAUCAAGCCCAAAAGAGAAAUAAAGGGAGUCGGCUCACCUUUAUUUCUGAAUUUCUUUUUUUUUUUUUUGUGAAUAUCCCAAAUAAACUAAAAGAAAACAAAACAAGGAUUUCAUCAUUUCAUCGUUUUAAAAAAUCACAUGGAUUGGAUUGUUUUUGCCAAGCAGCAAUGAAAAUGUGGCAGUGUAUGCAUGCUCCUGCUGUUACUUCCUGUUUGAUGAAACCUGACUAGCACAUAUAGAGACAGAGAGACCUUGGCAGAAAACACGGACAGCAGCAUGAGAACACAGAACAAAGUUAUAUUUAGGAUUUAGAAAUACAAACUACACCUUCAACAAUCUGUGUAGCUGCCGUAAGAAAGUAAAUUGAGACUCACAAUUUAAAAUGUCUUCCAACAUUUACGAAGACCUAAAUCUGACUGAGAAUGUGAGAUACUGCAAAGGAGCCAGAGGGGACGGAGGAGUGAAAGUGGAGAGAGUGGUCGACAUCUACGAGAGUGCAGGCACCGUCAACGACCAACAUGUUGAUCGUUCAACACAGGAUCUAGGAGCACACACUCAAAAGCGUCUUUCAAUUGUCCAAAGAAACUCCUUUAGAGCAGCUGCACUGAUUCUGGGUCUCCUGCUGGUAGUUGCAGUCGUUGUCCUGUCCAAACUCUAUAUUUCAGCCAGUUCUGCCAAACAUAGACACAUAAACCGUUAUGAGAAACUGCACACUGCUUAUGAGGAGCUGAAAAAAGGUCUAUGUGGGAAUAACUCUGAAGGAUGGAAGGGAUUUGGAUGCAGUUGUUACCACAAAUCUACUGAGAUGAAAAACUGGACAGAGAGCAGGAAAGCCUGUCAGGACAGGGGAGCAGAUCUGGUGACAAUAAACAACAAGGAAGAACAGAAUUUCCUCUUGGAGCUGGAUGAACAUGGAGAUUUCUGGGUCGGUCUGCAGUCAGUGAGAAAUCCGACCAGCUGGAAACAUGAAUGGGAAUGGGUGGACAAAUCCAGACCAGGAUACGAGGCAUGGAACGUAAAGGUGAAUGUAAAUCCUCUGGAGGGGGCUGCAGGAUACAUUGAUCUGGAGGAAACAUUGCAACACAGCAACAAUGGAUCCAAACAAUGGAUCUGUGAGAAACAGAUGUAAUGGAAAAUGUAUAUGACAUGAUUGUGUGUUCUUUAUUAUAACCAUAUAUAGCCAUGCUUGAUCUCAGUAAUAUUCUGAACUGUUUUUUAAGUAUAACACUGUGUGCCUUAUAGUCUUGUUUGGUUUUACUCAGUGCCUUUCACCUAGAAAUCUUUCUCAUUUAUGUAAGUUGUUCGUAGCUGUUUGACGUAUAAACUUGACCUUGGUUCACAUGGUCAAGCAGAGCUUGUUAGUGAGGUUUGACAGUGAUGAAUACAUUCCACUGUAAUACAUAGUAAAUGAGGAAUACUGCUAGCAGUGUGUAAGAAUCAGCGUGGGACUGCCCCACCUGUACGUUUCCUCUUGCAAGAAUAAAAUGACAAAACCUUCAAGGAUCAACUGAUUGACUCAAGAUCUUUGUUUUGUAUUGGUGGCUGUUUUCCAGAAAAUUUCAGCAACACAGAUGUCAUGAGAGUUUCCUUGUAACUCUGUGAGUCUAACGUGAUAUAAUAGGUUCCAGUCUACAUAAUAAAGGCAUGCCUGAGAAAAUGAGUUUACAAA